AUGACGCUUCAAACUGUCGUCUCGCGAGACUCCGCACAGUUUCCCAGGCAGCGGUGUGGCUGUGUGCGCGAUAGAGACGAGGAAAGAUGGCGGAGCAGGAGAGCGAAGCUGCUAAAGCUAGCGCUGGCAACGGCGAGGUAAGCAGCAAUGGGACUGCUGCAACAACAGACGACCAGACUGUGCAGACAACCGAAAAUGCGGUGGAUCCUCAGCAGCAACAGCCGCCUCAACCAGCACCGAAUGCAUGGCAGGUCAUCAAAGGAGUCCUCUUCAGAAUCUUUGUAAUCUGGGCGAUCAGUAGCUGGUUUCGUCGAGGGCCCUCAACUCCAGACCCCAACACCCCGGCUGGGGCCCCUAGAGUACCCAGCAGGAACCUGUUCCCCAAAGACACCCUCAUGGACCUGUAUGUGUAUUUGUCCCAAGACGAAGUGUUUGCCGACUUCAACAACACAGAAGCCCUGUUCUGGUUCCACAGGGACUUGGUCUACGGGGACUGGACAAUUGGCGAGAAAGGGGACGGGUGUUACGAGACGUACAAGGAGCUAGACAUCCCAGAGAGCGUGCAGCAGAACGGUUCCCUUUACAUGCAUGUGUACUUCACUAAAAGUGGAUUCCACCCAGACCCAAAACGCAAGGGGCAGUAUCGCAGACUGGCAACCGUUCAUUCAACACGCAUGCUGAAUAAAUUCAAGCGACGGAAGUUUAUGAAGACCAAGAAUCUGCUAACGGGCGAGACGGAAGCAGAUCCCGAAGUGAUCAAGCGAGCAGAGAGCCACGGCCCAGUGGAGAUCAUCUCUCACUGGCACCCCAACCUCACCAUCAACAUGGUGGACGACCACACCGCCUGGGUUAAGGGUUCUGUUCCUCCUCCUCUUGACCAGCAUGUCAAGUUUGAUGCGGUAAGCGGCGACUACUAUCCCAUCGUGUACUUCAAUGACUACUGGAACCUUCAGAAGGACCACUUUCCCAUCAACGAUACCCUGACAACGCUCCCGCUGCGCCUCUCCUACUGCCCGCUGUCUUUGUGGCGUUGGCAGCUGUACGCUGCCCAGAAUGCACGCUCCCCGUGGAACUUCCUGCCCGAUGACACGUAUGAGCAGUCGGAUGACGACCAAGACUCUGUUAAGGUGGCCCUAUUGGAAACCAACCCGUACCUGCUGGGACUCACCAUUGUUGUCUCUAUUGUGCACAGCAUUUUCGAGUUUCUUGCCUUCAAGAAUGAUAUCCAGUUCUGGAACAGCAGGCAGUCUCUCGAAGGCCUCUCUGUGCGUUCCAUCAUAUUUGGAGUCUUUCAGUCUCUGGUCGUGCUUCUGUACAUCCUGGACAACGAAACCAACUUCGUUGUCCAGGUCAGCGUCUUCAUCGGCCUUCUCAUUGACCUGUGGAAAAUCACCAAGGUCAUGGACGUCAAGUUGGACAGGGAGAACAAAAUUGCGGGGGUGUUUCCCAGAUUGGUGUUCAAAGACAAGUCCACAUACGUGCAGUCUUCAACCAAGAUCUACGACGAUAUGGCCUUCAGGUACCUUUCGUGGUUGCUCUACCCUCUGUUUGGCUGCUACGCCAUCUACAGUCUAUUGUAUGUAGAGCACAAAGGCUGGUACUCAUGGGUACUAAGCAUGCUCUAUGGCUUCUUGUUAACCUUUGGUUUCAUUACAAUGACGCCACAGCUAUUCAUCAACUACAAAAUGAAGUCUGUGGCCCACCUCCCAUGGAGGAUGCUCACCUACAAGGCUCUCAACACCUUCAUUGAUGACCUGUUUGCCUUUGUCAUCAAGAUGCCCAUGAUGUACAGGAUAGGAUGCCUCAGAGAUGACGUGGUGUUCUUUGUCUACCUUUACCAGCGCUGGAUCUAUCGGGUUGAUCCCAACAGGUUCAACGAGUUUGGCACCAGCGGAGUGGAACGCGUCCCAGAUGUCACGGAAACGGCUGACCCUGCUCUGGCCGCCGCCAUCACAGACAAAGCAGAGGGGGAGAAGAAGAAUGAUUAAGCAAGACGACGACUUAUCUGCCUCCCCGGCCCUCACUUGUGGGGCGACGAGGACUUGUGGAAAUUAGGCAGAGAGGGGCGGCGUCGUCAAGCGAUCCUGGACACCACAACAAAAAAAAGUGCAGUUCAACUGUUCACUGGGAUUUCUGUUUGGAUCCACAGAGAAUGAUGUUCAGUGUAGACUUGGUAAAUUCUUAUUUCUGUUCCCAGCCCUCUCGUUUUGCAGUUCAAGUGAAGUAAAACAAAACGUGAUGUACUGUAUCUGUAUGAUUUCUUGGGUAAUGUCAUGGAGUAGAGGUGGGGAGGAGAACUGGUUUCACUUUUACAACUUUUUUUUAUAUAUAUAUAUAUAUAUAUAUAUAUAUAUAUAUAUAUAUACACACAGAGUAAAAAAGAGGCUACGUGUAGCUUUUUUCUUUGUGUACAUUCCUUGUGAAGUUUUCUUUUCAUUCCAUGUGAGCGUUAUGUUUCGGAUUGCCUGGAACCCGCUGAGUAGUGCUGGAGGAAAACUGCAAAGGUUGUGAGCCACGAAGGAGGUUAAAAUAGAGAGGUUGGGACUGGAGACAAGAUGGACAACCCACCAGGACACUACCCACCAGACCGUGACUACUACCCUCAACUUUAAACAAAUGCUUAAUGUUCUAAACUUGAACGUAAAAAAUAACAGCCUUGUUGGUAUUGAUAUAAAUAUAUUAAUAUUGUCAAUGACUUGAUUUUUUUUUUUUUUGUAUGUCGUUAAACUGCACAGAAUCUCAGCUUGUCAUGUUAAUGUUGUCAAAUCCGUGUAGCGUUGGCUAAUUUGAGAGUCAAAUUUUAAUUUCAUCCCCUCAUCCAAUGUCUGAUUGAUUCACAUUCAAGCUCCAAUAUCGAUCCCCUUCACAGGCGCAGUGGAGUCGGGUGUCUCUUGUUUUAAUUCUGAGUGCUGUAAAUCCUGAAACAAAUAGGUUUCCAUGUUCGUACAUAUUAAAUUUUGAUUCACUCGUGUUUAUAGUAAAACAUAAGUGUAAUUUAAA